AUGAUCGUGUUCAAGAAGGACACGGCAGAGCUCUAUGAGAAGCAGACGUUGCUGAUGGCGGUGAAGGAUCAGAACAUCCCAGGAGAGUGGAUCAGAGGAAAGCUGAUGGCCUGUGGCCCCGCGGAGGUGAUCUCGCAGCUCAAGGGCAGCUUUGCCGCGCGGCUCAAGCAGGUCUCCCCCGCGGCACAGGAAGCCUUCGACGAGUACGACACCCAGCAAGAGUGGGAUGUGGUUCCUUGGAGCGGAGAACAGGUUUGGAGAGAGACUUCGAUCACCAGCGGGAUGCAAGCCUUCAGUGGAAGCCUUAGACAUCGGAAAAAGCACCGGAACCGACCGGGCCCAUGGCAGCGAAGGCUUUUGAAGAUGAUGGAGCAUAGCUUGGCGAAGCCAUAUUUCCCCAAAGGCCAGGUGGUUUUGCCCCUUCUGGAGGAGGUCUACAAGUUGGGUUGGCAUUUAGUUUGUGGCCCCAACUUUGGUGGAAUCAAAGUGGAUUGGCCAUGUUUGGUCUUCAAAAAACUGAAGCAGCCAAGCACUUCGGGUGCGUUGGCUUUUGGAGCAGUGAAGGAUCAAAAUAUUCCUGGAAAGUUCUGCAUCACAACCACGCCAUCGGAACUGACAGCUGUGACGCAGACCAUCCACGAAGCGCUGCGCAAAGUCUCCGGCAACGAGGGGAUCACCAUUGAGAAAGACGAGUACGACGCGGACCAUGGCCAAGUCAUCCGCAAAACGUCCAUCACCACGGGGUGGCCCAGGAGCCUUCAGCAGAUCAAAGAGCAACAGCCGAGCACGAGCCGAUCGUCGGCGACGGUGCCGGCUGAUCGUGUGGCUCGCCAGCGGUCGGACAUCGACAGACGUACAGAGCAAUCAGAGCUGCUACAGGUGUUGAAGCAAUUGUUGGAUGACAGACGUGGCGAUAGCACAUCGUCAUGGAACAGCGGAAAGGGCCCGGCACCAGGGCUCAAAUGGCGAGGAGGUUCCCCUCCCCAGCCUCCUAAAUGGCAGUACGCCUCGACGGACCUCAGAGCAUUCGCAAAGUAUGAACGAAGAGUUCAGGUUUGGCAGAUGCAAGUGCAACACUAUUUGACUGGAGCUGAAGCAGGUUUGAUGCUUUUCUCUAGCCUCAGUGGCGAACCCGAAGCUGAAGCCGAACACAUGGAUCUUGAAAAGAUCAAUGCAAAGGAUGGCGUGGCUUACAUCCUUUCCUGCCUCAAGGGCCCGUUGGAGCAGAAACUGCUGUAUCAGAAGAGAAUGCUGCUGUCAAACUAUGAGAACAUUGCACGGCAAGGGCAUGAGACAGUCCGCCAAUUCAUCAACAGGUACAAGCGCGUUGAAAGGGACCUGCAAAGUGUUGGUAUUAGUUCAGCUGCAAUGUACGAUGCGGAGUCUAGGGGAAACCGCAUCUUAGAGCGCUGUAAGUUGGACCCAUCAUUGCAGAGGCUUGUGUUGAUUGGCGCUCAAUGCAAUCUGGACUUCGACAGCAUUGUUGAAAGUUUGCAGUUGCAGUUUCCGGAUUUUCGGCCCACGCCAGCAGUGUUUCAGUCAGGUGGUUGGAGACAGAACAACAGUUCCCACAGCCACUACUCCAAAGGCAGCGGCAAGUCGGCAGUCAGUUCAUCAUCCUCAACGACGGUUCCGUCCUCAGCAUCAGCAUACAACAGGAGCAAGGGCAAGGGAGGACCACGUCGCGUGUUCCAAGCUGAGCAGGUGGACCCAGCCGAUGGGCCUUGUUCAGACACCCUGCACGACAUCCCGGAGGAGGAAGCCCAGGAGGAAUUCUUCGAGCCACUCGAAGAUCAGGCUGAUGAAGAGGGCGAUCAACAAGAACCGGAAGAUGGUGAGCCAGACGGCCUCGACGAGUCAUUGGAGAACCUUGCAACAGUCCUCAGUGUGACGUCCAAGAAGCUGCAGUCGACAGUUUUGGGCAGGAAAUUCUCUGGCCGUCGAUCCAUCGAGGAGCGGAAGCGGACUAGUGCAUGCUCCGCCUGUGGUGCCAUGGGGCACUGGGCGGGUGACGCAGCAUGCAGUGCAUCAUCCACUGGCAAGAGUGCCGGAAAAAAGCAAGAGCAAAGGGAAGGAGCAGUCCAAACGUUUCGGUACUCCAGCCUCCUCAUCAAGUGUGGAGCGCAGACAGCCGCAGAGCGCUGCUACAUGCCGGCCAGCUUUCGUGGCCAGGAGACCCAGGGAGUUCUUUUUGGUGUGAGCAUCCUUCCGCACCAGAGCUUGUUUUGCACCCUGAAGCCGUGUCCGCUCAGAGCAAUUCGAUCCUCGGCACCUACCGAGCACAUGCACAAGACCAAGCAAGCUCCAGAAUGGUUGGCUCACUGGAGAACUCUCAUUCUCCGGUUGCUGUUGCUAGAGCUCAACGUGAUGAAGAGCAUGAGCCGGUUGGUGAAGUUGGGCAUCCGCCCACGGUCCUGGCUUACAAGUGCCGAACACCAGGAGUUGAAGGAGAUGCAGCGCAAGGCACUCAUCAGGCCAAAACCGGCCAAGAAGAGCUGCACACACCCAGAGUUCCGCCGUUACGGCAACACACACGGCCGGUUCUCGAUGUGUCUCCGUUGCGAGGAAAAGUUCAAGUGGAACACGGAGCACGACGCUUGGGUGGUGUAUUCUCCAAAGUCCUCCAGCUCCUCGGCGCUGCCGCCACCAUCAUCAGCCAAUAUCCUCUCACUCACGGAUUUGGCAGCCAAGACAACGGCAACCAAGAGCAAGCCGCAGCCCAAGAGCAAGCAGCCUCCCAUCAAGACAUCCAAUACUACUUCCAGCCAGAGCUCCAGGACCCAAGGUCCAAUGCACUACGCCAUGUCGGAGGAGAAUUUCAGGGGCAGCGGCUACACCAGGGACGAGUUCGAGGACAUCAUGAACUCAGUGAGCCCGGAAGCAUUCCCUCCGGAUUCGGACGAUCCGGACAUCUUCCGACAGCGGUCCAGUGUAACCGUCAUCCUGCAAGGCGUCAAAGAAGAAGCACAAGCACGACAUCCUGAUCGCGGCCACCCCAAGCAGACCUUUCAGAUCCACAUGGUGACCACCAUCUCUGACUGGGCCGAAGCCAUAGGUCUAGCCGAGAGCACCUUCCAGGUCACCAGAUACAAGAACUUUACCUUGCCGACUUCAGACCCGCUCUUCACCAAGGCAGCCCAGUUGACACAAUGGGAUCAACUUGAGAGAGUUCAGAUCUCAUGGCAGCCAAUGGUGUGGAGGUUUCCUUCACACAUACCACACACACAUAGAGCAGCAGCACUGAAGUACACCGACGGCGAGAUAGAAGUCUUCGAAGAGGACCUCAAGCUCCUCAGACAUCCGAGGGCACGCUUCAAGAAGCCAGUACAACUGGCCAUCUUCAUGUUCGGUCAUGUGAAUGAACCACCACCUGAGGCCAAACGACCAAGACUGCAGGGACCACAGCAGCCUGACAUAGAGACACCUCCUGAUUCAUCACAACCAUCUAUGGCACUACAACCACAGCCAAUACAGCAGAGAUCACCAGAUUAUCCUCUACAGAUCAUCCCAAGACCAGCCGAAGACAUCACAUUUCCACAGCACAUCAAGCUGCCGGCAGAGAUCAAGCUGGCAGUUCGACGACUGCACAAGAACAUGGGACAUCCACGCCCAGCCGAACUUAAGAAGCUGUUGGGCAUGAACGGAGUUCGGAACCAAACCAUCUACACAGCCAUUGACAACAUGAAGUGCAACAGCUGUGAACGGACCAAAGGCCCUAGCAGACCAGACCCAGGCAGUGGCAUUCCGGAUGAAGCAGCCUCCCAAUUCGCAGACAGAAUCCAAAUGGACAUCAUGUACGUCCGGGACAUCCGGGGCGUCAACCACAUGAUCCUUGGCAUCAUCGAUGAAGUCACACACCUCCACAUCGGUGCACUGCUUAAGGACCGCACCCCAGAAGAGGUCAACCGCCAAUUCCAGUUGGCCUGGGCCAGACCAUUUGGAUACCCACUACGACUGAGGACAGACCCAGACGGAUCAUUCAGAUCCACCUUCGAAGAAGCAAUGGAUGAAGCCGGAGUCUACAUCGACUACAUCCCAGCAGAGGCCCACCACAAGAUUGGCCUCAUCGAACGACACAACGCAACAUACCGGGAGAUCAUGGAAAGAGUGAUCGAUUCCCAGGGCAUCUCCGGACCAGAUCAGAUGGAGAUCCUAACGGCCAUGACAUCACAUGCCAAGAACAGCUGCACAUGGAGCACAGGCCGCCCACCGUACAUAGCUGCAUUCGGCCGUAUCCCAAGACAGGGUCUUGAUCUCCUCAACGACCCCAACGGCCUCGUCACGGGACAAACAAGGUCCCAUGCACAGCAAUUCGCAGACACCAUCCGCGCAGAGGCACAACAACACAUAGCAGCAAUGGCAGUGGACAGCAGUCUUCGGAGAGCACUGCUCCGAAACACACAGCCACAGAACUCCGAUAUUCCGGAGAUCGGUGCCACAGUGGCAUACUGGCGCUGGACAGCACGGUCUGGCAAGAAAAGAGGAGGCUACAAGUUAGCCCGCCUUCUCGGACGUGAUCCUGACGGCAAAAGCAUGUGGUUGCAAGCAGGCACAAACACCAUUCGCGUGGCACCUCAUCAGCUACGCAUUGCCCGUGGUUUCGAGUGCUGGAACCCUGACUACCAGCAGAUCAAAGAGCUGAGGACAGCAGCCGAUAAUCUGCACCAAGGGCUUCUUCGAGAUGAGUCCAUUCCAGAACCACCCGAGGACCCAGAUCAGCCCCUCGGAACCGACAUGCCAGAGGAACCAGUUGACAUUCCAACAUCAGGCAUACCUUUUCUCGUACCACCUCCAGCCACUGAGACCACAGAGCAAAAGCAGCGGCAGCCGCAGGAACAUGCCGAAGAAGCAGUGCAGACAGACCCCUAUGGACCGCCUGUGAGCCAACAGGUGGAAUACCACCUGAACGUCCAUUCACCCACAUACAACAAGACAGUCAUCCAAACCCAAAGCCAUUUUGGAAUGACUCCCGAACAGUGGAUGGAACCACCAGUGAAUGCACCAGUGCGAAGGCAGCACCGCUCUCGCACACCAGGUGGCCGUCGACCACGCGACAGGUCAAUUGGCCCACCAACACCAGCAGCACCUGAGCUUGAAGAUGCACCAGGCCCAGGACCAUACACACCGAGGCAUGCAUUACCUCAUGCACCACCUCUUCCAGAACAGGCUGACCCACAGUCAGCACUGACACCAAGUCAGCAGCCUGGGACGACCGAGGUCAUCGACGUGGAUAAACUGCCAGAUAGCGCACCAUCACAGCCGCAUAUGCCACAUCUGGAGAACAUAGCUCCAACAACACCGCCAGACCUUGUGCAGGAAACUUCCUCUAAGAGGACCAGUUCCGAGAUGGAACAACCAAUUCCAGCACAACGAACAUACAAGGCACUUGUGCUCAAGCACACCCGGCAGCAGCGGCUGACACCCAGCGCAUACAUCCUCCACGGCUAUCACCGCAUGGCCACAUCCAGAACACCGGCAGACCAGACCCUCCGAGUCUGGGCACGUCGUGACGUGUCAUCACAGACACUGCAGACCACGCAUCUCACCGGCCCUCCAAAGAGAUGCAUCCAGCACCGUCGAGUACUCGCCCUUCCAAGCGGCGAAGUGCUUUGGGACGCUCCCUUUUCGGACGCUCAAGAUGGGCUCCCCAUUUCUCCAGUGCGCACCGACAUGGUGACAGAGCUCUGGUACGAACCAGAGACACAAUGGCCACACCAAAGCAACCUGGUGAUCACACCAGACGGCAUGACACAGCAACCAGACCACCACGAUGGAUCCGAAGAUGUGUGUCUACCCUACACAGCACACAUGGCAUUGAGAGCAUAUCGCACCACAACCGAGUACAUGGGAACCGGAGAGUCUUCAGACUCGGAUGCAUCAGCAGACGACAUGACCAAAGGACACCAAGGCCAUGUCAACAUCAGCAAAGCCGGAUUCCGCCAACACACCCUGGACAAGAUGCUCUUUGUCCUUUACGCCAAGUUGCCAGGUACAGAGCACGAAAUGUUGGUUGCAGCAUUGAUUGCAUAUGUUGAUGAUUUUCUGUUGGUUCACAAUGAACGUUGGGACCGCAGUGCAUUGACAAGUUUGUUUGAGUGGGGCAGCAAAGAAGUGCUUACAUUGGACAACAGCAUUGUCUUCAAGGGCAAAGAGCUGUCACUCCGCCAGCAUGGCAACCAGACCUACCUGGCGUUGACUCAAAAGGCCUUCAUCGAGGGCAUGAAGGUUGGCAGCGUGCAGUGCAAGAAGAGGCUCACUGAAACCAUCCUCCCAGAGGACCUGCCUGAACUGCGAUCCGUCGCAGGAUGUUUGCAAUGGUUGUCUGGACAAACCCGACCUGACGUGUCGGCAGUGGUCUCAUUGAGCAGUCGUGGAGCCAAUGCCACGUACCAGAACUUGUACGACAUGUACCUCGCGGUGGAACACCUCCAUGCCACAAAGGACCAAGGCGUUUGCAUUUGGCCGGUGGCCAUCAAUUUGCAGACCAUGGUGGUCAACUACAGUGACAGUAGUUGGGCAAAUGCAGCUGGAAGCGCUUCACAACAUGGCAAUUUGUUGCUGUUGGCUGAGCCGAAAGCUGUUGAUACGGUCAGCACAGGUAUGUUGCUGGAUUGGAAGAGCUCAAGGUCGGCCAGGAUCUGUAGAUCCACGUUGAGCGCUGAGGCCAGCGCAUGUGACACUGGCAUUGACAGGGCUUCGUUCCUUGCCUACCUCCUGACGGAGAUACUGAUGAAUGAAGCAAGCUUCAAGCUGAGCCGAACCCUCAGGAUCAUCUCCGUGACAGACUGCCGCUCGCUGUAUGACGUUCUUUGCAGCGAGAACCCUCGCGUGGCUGCACGUUUCCGGGCCUUGCAGUUUCCGCCGGCAGAUGGAUGGGACUUUUCCCGGAAGGUGCUGUCAGAUGGCAGGUCGGAGCAGGAUGGAGACGUGGGCGGCUUGGAGACCACGCUCGUGACAGGCGCCAAAGGCUGGAAGCUUGAGGCAUGUCCCAUGUUCGGCGGCAUGGGCGCGUCCUGGCCCAGUACCUGGGCCGGUACUGCAGCGCGAGAGGUGGCCAUCAAAGAUCAGAGCUAUCCUGGGAAGGUGGUGCUGGGUGGCGUCGAGAAGGACGUGGCGAAGAAGCUCAUGGACUGCUUUGCUGUCAUGAGUGGGCCCCAGGACUAUGACCUAGCAUUUCGCCAUACGAAGAUGACCUCUGGCAAGGCCAUUUGCAGCCUGCAGAACUCCUGGUGGCCGUAUGGUUACCCCAUGGAGGUGAUCCUCGGCGAGCUCAUGCAACGUGGCUGGGAACCAGCUGGUGGACCUGCCUUCGGUAGCAUGCAAUUGAGUUGGCCCGCCGUGAUCCUUCAGCGCGAGAAGCCCACCGCGUGA